AAUGUCAGAACAGUGCUGCUACAGCAUGUGCCUCCCAAGCGCCUGCUUCUUGCAGCAUAUCUUUCAGAGGCCUCAGCCUGGAUCGAACUGGCGUGUGUGAGGGAAGAGGUAUGGAAAUGGCACAUUUUAAGUUUGUUAGCUUUGGAGCAGAAAUUAUUUCCUGGCCUGUGGCAUUAGGGGUGGGGGGGAGUGCUUCUAGGCAGUUUUCUAUCCAGUGCCAUAGUGACACUCUUUUCCAGAGUAUUUUUUUCAUAUUAUUCUAGAGAGAAAAGUAUAGUGAAUUUCAUAAUUAGAAGCAGCUACUUAUGAGGUGGAUCUGUAUUCAUUGUUUCACAGCUCUGAGCAGAUGGCCUUCAUUGGUUGUUGUUGGUUUUUUUUUGUGUGACCUUCCCUCAGCUCUCUCUUUCUCUUCCCACUCCCUGGCCCAGAAGUAAAAUUCUGAAGGUGGAAAAAUACCUGUAUGUUAAAAUGUAAGCAAUAUUGUUUCUUGGUAUUAGUCCAAGUCAUGGCAGUAGAAGGUUAAACUGAAGUGCCAUUGUUGCAUUUAUGUAUUACAAAAAAGCAUUUGUAAAAAAGAAAGAAAGAGAGAAGUGUUUUUGGGGGAAAAAAUUCUGCAGGGACAGCAUAUUGAUUUUAUUAAUUUGGAAAGCACGUACCCUACCCUGCCUCACUCAGGGAUACUUCCAACUGUUAAAAAGAAAACAGUCCCAUAAAACAAAAUCUGGCAUGUAUAUCCACCUCAGUUAGGUGCACCAAUAGGAAAUGGGUCCUGUAGACGGAGAUUCCCAGAUUGCUUUCUAUAGGUCCGUGUCAAAUUGUUAAGAGUUGUGCUUAAGGCUGUGAUACGAAGCUCACUUGCUUGGAAUGCUGCUCCCUUGAAAUCAGUGAGAUUUCACUUCCAAGUUUAUGUGGUUCGAACUGGGUCUGGUGAAGGAACAAGAAUAUGAAUGUGAUUUCUGGGAGGAACUUUCAUCAAGGUCAGAGGAACUCGAGAACAAGCUUCCCAUGUUGUCCAUGCCUGAGAGGUGUGGAGAAAUCUCAUUCGAUAGCCCAGAGCAGAGUGCCAAAUGUGUUCGCAUGCUAGGAGAUGCACGGCUGAGAGGUCAGACAGGGGUUCUCUCUGAGCGACGUGGUUCCUACCCAUUCAUAGACUUCCGCCUUCUCAACAAUACCAUUUACUCAGGGGAAAUUGGAACAAAGAAAAAGGUAAAAAGACUGUUGAGCUUCCAGAGAUACUUCCAUGCAUCCAGGCUACUGCGUGGAAUCGUACCACAGGCUUCGCUGUACUUGCUGGAUGAAGGCUACCUUGGGCAAGCAAGGUAUAUGCUAUCCAAAGUGGGAAUGUGGGAUUUUGACAUUUUCCUGUUUGACCGCUUGACAAAUGGAAACAGCCUUGUAACCUUGCUGUGCCACCUCUUCAACGUACAUGGGCUUAUCCACCAUUUUCAGUUAGACAUGGUUACAUUACACAGAUUCUUAGUUAUGGUGCAAGAAGAUUACCAUAGUCAAAACCCAUACCACAAUGCUGUUCAUGCUGCUGAUGUCACCCAAGCUAUGCACUGCUACCUAAAGGAGCCCAAGCUUGCCAACUUCCUCACACCUCUGGACAUCAUGCUUGGACUACUAGCUGCUGCAGCACAUGAUGUAGAUCAUCCAGGAGUAAACCAACCAUUUUUGAUAAAAACCAAACACCAUCUUGCCAGUUUAUACCAGAAUGUCUCUGUAUUAGAAAAUCAUCACUGGAGAUCUACAAUAGGCAUGCUUCGAGAGUCAAGGCUGCUUGCACAUCUGCCAACAGAAGAGAGGCAUGAUAUUGAACAACAGCUGGGCUCCCUGAUCUUGGCAACAGACAUCAACAGGCAGAACGAAUUUCUGAUCCGGUUGAAAGCUCAUCUCAAAAAUCAGGAUUUGAAAAUGGAGGAUGCUCCUGAUAGGCAUUUUAUGCUUCAGAUUGCGCUAAAGUGUGCAGACAUCUGCAAUCCUUGCCGGCUCUGGGAGAUGAGCAAACAGUGGAGUGAACGGGUUUGUGAGGAAUUCUACAGGCAAGGUGACCUGGAGAAGAAAUUUGACUUGGAAGUAAGCCCUCUUUGUAAUCAGCAGAAAGACACAAUACCUAGUAUACAAAUUGGCUUCAUGACCUACAUUGUAGAGCCACUCUUUGAAGAAUGGGCCAACUUUACUGGGAACACACCCUUAUCUGAAAACAUGCUGAACCAUCUGAGGAGGAACAAGACCAAGUGGAGAAGUCUGCUUCAUAAGCAAUACAGCAGCAGCAGGAGCACUGACCACACAGUCCCAAUGACUGAAAAUGAAGAACAGACUUUAAAUGAAGGAGAAGCCCCAUAGUGCUGGCUUAGCACUCUGCUGCAGUGCUACUACCUUUCACAACAGUGAACAAAACCCUAAGAGGUCUGUUGGGCCAUGGUCAACAAUGCAGGAAGCGAAGAAAUCAGGAGGAAAGCCAAAGCGACAGAUGUCCUCCUCAACUAAACCUACACCACUUCGGGGUUUGGUCCUAAAGUUCAGCCAAAUCCCACUUCCUCAUCUUACUAUCUGAAGCCAUUCAUCACUUCUGAUCACAAACUGCUUGAAUGAGAAGCUUUUCAGUAGUGCUGAAGCUGGGGCAGUAGGCAGGUACCAACUAAUAAGAGGAUUAGAGGAUACAGGCAAGACCAAUGCAUUCUUGGUUAUCUAUUGCAUUCACUUUGGGUCAUGCUGUGACGUGUGUUUGUGAAUGACAGCUUAGAGCAAUGUACAGUCUUCAGUCUGGCAGCUGGGCUGCACAUUAAAACCCACCACCAGCACCGUCAGAAGGACAUCUGGCCAUGCAAGAGAAAAGCGUCUCAUUUUAAACAAUUAAAGCCUUUUUAAUUUUUGUAUUUGGUGCACUGGACAAGGAAUCUAAGAACCUUGAUGUAAGGUUAUUCUGUGUACACAAAGCUUUUUCAUGGUGGUGCCCCAUUUUGUUAACCAUUUUAUGCCACUUUAGGUAAAAGACUGGCAUUCUUCUCACUGCAAGAACAGUAUUUCCUAUCAAAUCCAAAAGGGAAGAGUUGUACAGUUUAAAUGUUUCCAGAUGUCUCUUUUGAUGACUGUAUCUGUGACCUGUUUAUAUUCGCACAUGUGUGUCUCCUGUACAUAUAAGGCGCUACUGAUCCCAUACCGAAAUAACAAAGUAUUAUGGGAAAGCUACCUAUAUAAACAAUGGCACUGUGAACAAAAUACUGUUAGUUUUAGUAUUGGAAGAAUUUGUAAAGAUGUUAGACUAUUAAUACACUUUUGUUUGCAGAUAAAGGCCUUAACCUCUA